AUGAACGAGGAGAACCAGUUACUUGAGUCGCCCAGUCGGAUCUAUCGAGCACGCUGGUGGAUGCUUUUGUUGUCGUCUCUUCAUUUCCUUCACCAGAAUGUCGGCUUUAACACCUGGGGACCAAUAGCACAGUCAGUCAAAAGAGCAUUUGGCUGGGAAGAUACCACUAUAGUUUUUAUUCUCAAUAUGGGUCGAGUGGGAAGCGUCCUUUACAUGUGCAUCGGAUCAUACGUGUUUGACAAAGCAGGUUUACGAGUAGCAAUGCUGAUCUUUUCUGUUGCUAUGCUAUUAAGUAACAUUUUGCGAUCACUGAGUAAAGACAAAGACGUAGCGGUGAUAUGUUUGUUUUUCAUUAAAAGACUUAUUACGAUCGGAGAGUUUCUAAACGGGUGUAAUGGAAUAACAGCAUUUGUAGCGCCACCUGUUAUAGCAGACAUGUGGUUUCCACCAGGAGAGAGAAUUACCGCAUCAGCCAUCAUGGUGCUAGCUGCAUAUCUUGGUGAAGGGCUGUCCAGUAUUAUUGGUCCCAAUGUAUUGGAGAAACCAAUUUACGCCAACGACAGUAUCCUGCAAAACUCAACAGUAACUACAGAGUCGACGACAGUUAUCAAUGGCGAGGAAAUUCUGGAUGGACUGAUGUCCUAUCUUUAUGUUCAAUUUGGAGUAUCGGUAGUGUUAUUCAUUAUGACCGUUGCUUACUAUCCUGAUAAACCGUCCUCGGCUCCUAGUACCUCUGCUGGAAUGUCCCGCCUUAGCUACGUGGAAUCCUUCCGCAAACUUGUCAGAAACAAGCAUCUGCUCUUACUGGUGCUGGUUUUCGGUGUAAUGAUCGGCGUCUACACGUCCUGGGUUCAAGUGAUAGACAUUGUAUACAACCCUAUCGGCGUUUCACAGCUUAGCGCUGGGUGGAUAGCUUUUUAUACUAUAAUCAUAGGCAGUAUACUUGGGUUCGUUAUAGCAAGGUUUUCUGAUAUAUUCAUGAAGCGAAUCAAGCCAGUUCUGUUAGCUAUGUUUGUACUCACCAUAGUAACAUCCCUGUGGACGGCUUUGAUUGCUAAUGGAUUACUUCCGUAUACUAACUGGCAGUUGUAUGUAUCUGCCAUCGUGAGUGGUGCUAUGAUAAACGCCUCCUUCCCUCUGUGGUACGAGCUUAUUUGUGAAAUGUCCUUCCCUAUACCCGGUGGAAUCAUUAACGGAAUGUCUAACUUCGUCUUCCUCGUCUUCGCCAAUGUCUUCUUCGCUCUCAUGUAUAUUCCUGUACACGACCACCGAUGGAUGACGUGGACUAUGUUCGUUUGUUCCGUGAUUGGUUUUGUGACGUUGUUGUUGUUACCGGUGACGUACAUUAGGACAGAUAUCGAUAUGGAGUCUAAGGAAGUGGAUGACAGUCAUAGCAACAAGGCCGACAAUAUCAUGAUGGAAGCCUGUUUUCAGGAAAACGUUAAGAAUGAAAAUGAAUAA